AUGGUGGUGGUUGCGAACGUGGACGAGUUGAAACGAUUGGCGGAUGCAUCGCAGACAGUGAGAGUUCGGCAACUCGUCCCGCGCUCAGACAGAGACGCAGCGUGGCAUGGUGGUAGGCACGUUUCGGUCGUUGUAGGACAGAUUAGCUCAAUACGCGGAACAAUAUUCUCACUAAUCGAUCGCGUCUCGUGUGUCAAAGACUACACGGUUAUCGCCAAGAAAAUUGUUUGGAUAGAUGAUCGUGACACAGCUUAG